UCACAUACAUCAAAACGACGGCCAAUGAAUGAAGGCAACUAAGAAAUUACAAUCGAUCAGCUGUUCGUGUAGAAGUAGUCCUUCCACCGGUCCCUCCCAUCCAUCCGGACGGCACCAUCUUAACCAUCUUGAUUUCCCACAAGCUUCUACAGACAGAAACCAGUGUUCUACCUAAUAGGAGUAAUUCUGCCAAAACACUUUUGACUCAGAGUCAAUAAUUUUGAAAUACAUUUUAUCAGUUAUGAAAUGCAUCGUUGUCAGUUUCUAUCAAAAUUGAUGCAGAGCUGGCAUCCUCUUUCACUCUGUAGAUAUUUCUUCCAAGAUGUAGCAGCUGCUCGACCAAAAAGUUUGUCCGCUCCAAAGAACAGAUCUAAACUGAUGAGGUCGAAUCUCGCCGUAAAAAUGUCUUCAAUCAGAACUAAGAGCAAAAUGGUAGCAGAGAACAGCGAAGUCUUGGAACAGAAUUCACCGAGAAAGGAAGAUGGAAACAAUGAAGAAAAUAAAGACAAUGGAGGAUCUUCUUCUUCAAUGUCUUCUAGUAACUCGUCUUCUAGGAAUCGGUCUUCUAGGAAUCGGUCUGCCAGGAAUUCGUCUUCAAGGAAUUCAUCUUCUGUUUCUAUGCCGUUGACUUCCGUCGUUGAUGAUGCAGCAGUUUCAUUGGAUAAAUUAACGACAGAAGAGAGGAGCAUUUACAGAUUACAUAAGGAGGCUUGCGAAGCUGGAGAAGUUUCUUACACAGAUCCAAGUACAGGAUAUGUCGUUCUGACUCAGCCCUAUCACAUCGCUAGGGGCAAAUGCUGUGGCAGUUGUUGUCGACAUUGUCCAUACAGUCAUGUGAAUGUUCUAGAAAGGUAUCGAACAAAGACAUUCAACACUGCCUUCUAUGUGUGAACCAGUUGCAAGAUCAGGGCCCAAUUUCAAGUGUUCAAAUUUAUUUUAAGAUUUGUAUUUUUAUGGGGGGGGGGGGGUUAUGGACAAUUAUCCUUAGAUGGACAUUGUGAAAUCGAGCCCAGGGCUUUUUCAAAACUUUGGCAUAGGCUCCAGUACAAAAUGUGCAGUUUGUUCCAAAUUGACAACGGAGCUCGAACCGGGGCAUGAGGUUUUGAAAAAACCCGGCGCCCACGGACUUUCCAAGUCCACCUGUUGGGACAGGAAGUCGUUAAUCUAAAAGUGUGGGUUUUCACUCGGGGAAAAAGAAACAGGGUACAAACAUUCAUUGAUUAACAGAAACAACUGGUUUUAUUCUGAAAUAUCUUGUCUAUGUACAGCUGUAUAGUCAUACAAUGGAGGAAGUAAAUUGCGCCCUCUGUUGAUGGAAAAAAUGCUGAUGCAAACGCAGAUAGAAGGAUCUUGAAACCAACACUGAUACUGGCUACAGUUUUCCACAGUAAAUCCAAUACAUGUUGCCAUACUGUAACAGAUGUGUAUUUUCUGUUAUCUCAUGUUUUGCAAAUAUUUAAUUGUUCUACCGAGACCUGACGCUUUGUUUUUGAACAGGCAAGGGCACCAAAGAGUUUUCUCCUUGGUAAAGGGCGUCACUAUGAGGGAAUUGUAAAUUUUGAGAGGAACAUUUCACAGGGCAGCAAGGCAACUGCCAGGGGAAAUGGAGGCAAUUACCUCCAAUGUAUCCAUAAAGUAGUCUGGCCGGCAUACCCUUGAAAACAAUUUCAGCAAUUUUAAACAAUUUCAACCAUUUUCAAUCUCAGAUUUUAGUGCUCGCUUUUACUGGUCCUUUGUACUUUCUCAGGUGUUGUUUUAUUUAUUGUAAUCAAAAUAUUUUCAGGUAAAAUUUACCAAGUUGCAGUGGAGCUGGAAAAAAGCUGUUUUCAAUAAAAAAAUAAAGUAAAAUUACAGUAUGUGUCAUGACCGUUUUCUUUUAUUGUUUUUAUAGUCAGAUUGUGUUGUAAACAAUGCAAGAUUAACUUGGGGUGAAAUUAUAACCCAAAUUAUAAAUAAA